AUGUAUUGGCCCAUCGGCACUCCGCGCAUCUAUGCCACCAGCAGCAGCCGAACCCCAGACCUCAACCUCUUCGUCUCAUACGAUGGCUUACAACAACCCGACGGGUCAAGCUCAUCCUCAUCGCUUGGUCAAGAUGGACAGCCACGAGCUUCAGCGGCGGCGGCACACGAAGAGGUCGACAUCCUACCCCCGCCGACGCCUUUGACCCCAGCAACUCCGGUUGUCCAACCCAUCUUGGAAGACGAUCUACUCCCUUCUAGCAAAAGCCCAUCACCCUCGGACGAUUCGAACCGAAAAGCUUCAGUCCCAUUGAAGGAUCCUGUACUUGCUUUGGCAGUUGCCCGCACCGGUCACCUGUUUGGUGUCAUAACUGCAACGAGUAUUACUUUAUGGCAAACCAAGCCUACCGUAAUACUUGCAGUCGUCGUACGAUCCGAAUCCUCUAUUCAAUCCUACGGAACCAAUGUCGACCUCCUAUUACGUCCAGACUCGGCCAUAUUGGUGGUUCAUACCUCCAGGGGUUACCUCAUCACAUACUCAAUAGCGACCGAUGGCGAAUCGUGCGUCUACAAACCUCAGUUUCCAAACUAUCACAACGUCCAACGGCGGAAGCAAAGCCUCAUCGGGCCUCAAGCAGCACUGAGAGGAGAUCUUAUCCUUUGGGGCCCGGGAGAGGGGUCCGGGGUCCGUGACGUCAGUGUCCGAUUUCGAAUGGUGAUUAAGAUUGAUGCCGGCAUUGAAAGUGCUCUAGCGCUGGAUGAUGAACUGAUGGUGGCGACCAGAAAGCCCGCCGCAGUUCAAUGCAUCCGAUGGACGCCAGACAGCACAGGCAACCAAACAAGAACGGAAAUUGUGAGCAAGAUGGGAUGGGUGGAGAAGAAGGCGUCUAUAAAGGAGAUGACAUAUGACAGGCCCAUGAAUUUGGCAACCUGGAUCACCAGCGACGGACGAGCGUACGCAGUACAACGGCAACAGCUGAAGGGAGACAUCGACUCUGAAAAUGCGGACGCCAAGCGUCUUUUCAAAGGUUAUUGCUUCCACAUUCCUGAGUCCUCAGAAAAUUUUGCCGUCAAGGCUGUCAUCAAUGCUCGAUUUUCACUGAUUGCGGUGGGAUGUGCCGAUGGGACCGUUUACGUAUACUCGGUUCGAGAUUACUCGGGGAACAUCGUCCUCUCGCAUAAACAUAGGAUCCCUGUAUCCCACGUUGCUGCUGGAGCUUUCACAUCCUUGUGCUAUUCCCCUGACGGCUAUUGUCUUUUUGCUGGAUUCGAGAAGGGAUGGUCGACGUGGAGUAUGUUUGGAAAACUGGGCAGCAACAGUUUUGGAGCCGAUCAGGGCAUUUCCAGCGGCAAUGAUGAGCAGUGGCUCACCGGAGUGUCGUCAGCGUCGUGGAUUGGAGGCGGAUCUGAGAUAUUGCUUGCAGGGCCUCAACAUGAAGCUAUUUGGAGUCUUGAGAUGGCCAAGAAUGCAGUUACAGGGUGCUACAACGAGGCCAACGUCUUUCGGACCGUUCUUCAGACUCCCUCUGCAGUUAUGGUGUACAGAGGAUACGACCUCCCUGAUAUGACGAGCAUUUCUGCCGAACCCUUUCUGUGGCACACGGCCAGGGUGCCUCCAACCUAUCUAUUGAAUCAGUGGCCCAUUCGGCAGACCGUCAUAUCUGCUGAUGGUCGAUACGUCGGAGUUGCCGGUCGCCGUGGCCUUGCACAUUACAGUGUCAACAGCGGCCGGUGGAAGACAUUUACAACUGAAGCCAUGGAAAACGAAUUUCAAGUCCGAGGCGGUAUGUGCUGGUACCAGCAUAUUCUUGUCGCUGCUGUUGAAAGCAACAGGAAUUACGAGCUACGGCUGUUCUCGAGAGAAACGCCACUCGACAUGUCCCACGUACUAUUUCGGCAGCAGAUCCCCGCGCCCGUUGUGCUUGUCACUACGUCUGGCGAAGACUCCCUACUCGUCUAUACAUAUGAGAAUCUCUUGUACCAUUUCAUAUUCACGCCGUGGUCUGAUUCCGUUCGCCUCGUUCAAGUGGGGCAGAUUGCGUUCCAUGGCAUAGUGCGAUCUCCUGCCAGAGUUCGGGGGCUUAGCUGGAUAUUACCCGAGUCUCAGAUGGUAGAUGGGGACCCGUCUCAGGAUGUGGCUGUAGCCUCUGUGAUAUUCUUGGUAGAUGGGAAACUUGUCCUGCUGAGCCCUUCGCUCAAUGACGACGGCCAGUUGAAGUACGACAUGCGCAUUAUUGCUCAAAACGUGGAGUACCACGCCAGUAUGAGGGACCAGCCCUUGCUCAAUGUUGCCCACUUGUCGGACGAUCCAUCCCUUCGACGUGGCCCGCCAGCAUUGAAGGAUUCGCUCUGGGUGUUUGAUGGUAUGGAGGUGAAGGCUUGGACCAACAUUAACGAGCUGCUAGAAGGCGCCUCGGGCGAUGGCGGCGGCAGGGACCUUCCGGCGCCAGUUUCUAUUCCUGUGGACUUUUACCCGCUCUCCGUAUUGCUGGAAAAGGGCAUCAUUUUGGGUGUUGAAUCAGACUUGGUCCAGAGGCGAGAUGUGACCUUUUCCUUUUUUCAUUUCGCCAUAAGGACACAUCUAUUUCUGCCUGAGAUUCUACGAUUUUACCUGCGGCAAGGCAGGACGAUUGAAGCGGGAGAGCUUUGCGAACAGUAUCAAAACCUGGAGUACCUGUCACAUGGACUGGAAAUUUUGCUACACCGUGUACUAGACGAGGAGGCAGAUACGUGUCCCAAACCGGAAGACGCUGUUCUUCCUCGGGUGUUAUCACUCUUAUCUGCAUCAUCUAAAGAGUAUCUCGACGUGGUGUUGCAGUGCACGCGGAAGACGGAAGUUCGACAGUGGAAGACAUUAUUUGCGUACCUGCCGCCAGUACAGGAACUUUUUGAGGAGUCAUUGCAACGGGGCUCACUCAAAACCGCAGGCGGCUACCUGAUUGUGCUGCACACACUAGAGGAGUUGGAAUCAUCGACGGACCAGUCGGUGCGUGUCUUAUCGAGGGCGAUCCAAGAAGGGGACUGGGAGCUGUGCAAAGAACUGGCUCGCUUCUUAGCGGCCAUGGACGAGACAGGCGAAAUCCUCAAGGAAGUCAUGGAAAUGGUGAACAUGGGGCGGAAACAGGAGCAAGCCACGGAACAGAUAAGGAGUCGGUUGGAGAUUCCGGGGGCUCGGGUUCCCAAUGGUUCUAGAAGAGGCAGCAGAGAUGAAGAUGACGAAACCGAGUCUGACUUGCCAUCGGCGAGUGAUGUAUCUAGUGUUGGUUCGACUGCCAGUCCGUUCAAUGGAUCUCGGUCGCCAUAG